GUCUUUUCUUUGACUCUUUCCUGCUCCAGCCCAAGCGGGUGCGAGCGACUGUGGCCUGACCAGACUGGACUAGACCUGAACGCUGUUGUUUGUGGUUGAUCAUUUCUUGUUUUUUCUUUUUCUGUGCCACACUCGCUUUCUGCCUGCGUUGUCCACGCCACGCCCUCCACUGCUCCUCCGACUCCAUCUACCCCGGAUCUGAUCCGUCAAUUCCGCUUUAUCAUCAGCGAUCUAUCACCACCUAAUUCUCGCGACCUAACUCCUCCAUGCUGCCCUCCCGACCUUCUCUCCGCGCUGCUUGACACGACGGGUGAUGUCCUGUCCUUGAUCUCAUUCUGAAAUUACCGCGCAAUGUCCGCCGUCAACAACAUGGCCGAGUCCAGCAGCCUUUAUUCCGACUAUCGGUUCAGCUCCGACAUGGGCGCAUCGUCGGACGAUGACGAUUUCGUUUCCAGUGCCAGUACAACGUCGACUGCGUCCGAGGAGAGGUCGACGGAGAAAAGGCCGCAGUGGGAGUCGGUGACGGCGUCGAACAAUGGAUCGGAUAAUCAACCAUCAACUUGCUCUGUUGCUGGGCCCUCGGACGAUAAUACCCCUGAUCCUACGUCUCUGGCAAUCAAAACGGAGAAACUCAGCUUUGCAGCUCGUGAGGAGCCUGUGGAGACCAAAAGGCCGCUGCUAUUGUUAGACUUGCCCAUGGAUAUCUUGCAGGAUGUUGUCAAAGAGGUAACGCAUACGAAUGAUCUGACGUCGCUGGCUCUGACGUGCUCUACACUUCAUGCCUUGGCAAUUCCGCAAAUGUACUCCCGGUUCGACAUUGUUUGGCCCGAUACUCUCUCGUCUUCCGACCAUCCUGCUGGCGUUGACGCUCUCUCCUACGGUCUCGCCACGUUGGUCAUGGGAGACGACAUCUUUCAUGAACUCCCUCCUACGCAUCGACCCGCAGGCUCCUGCGCACACUGUGGCUGCAACACUCCUCACGACCAAACACCCACACAACAAGAAACGGGUCCGAUUCAGAGGAUACGGCGAGGGAACUACUAUGCACAAUACACGCGGAAAUUCUCAGUCGGGAAUGGGCCGUUGAUCUGGGUCCAGGAAUACUCCGUGACCAAGGAGACAGGAAAGAUGCUGGGAACAUUAGUCGCCUUGGCCAUUGCCCGGAUGAUCAAUUUGGAGACGUUCGUGUGGGACAUGCCCACGGGAGUUUUGCGAGAUGUGUGGAUCGCGCUCUCGUCGCUAGCUAAUCGACCGGGACACGAAUGCCGCCUGGAGCGCGUCUGGGUGCGAUGGCACGACAACUCCGAGAGCCCAAUACGCUCUGCUCCGACCGCGUCCUCCUUCGCACUUCCGGAUACGCAGAACGAUCCUGCCGCUCACUCCUCCGGCCCGCCAUUGCUACACAAGUAUGGACAUGUGGAAUAUCCGUCGUUGUCGAUUGUGCCGCCUCUGAAGAGCUUGAGCGUUCUCGAUAUCGACGAGUCGUCGUACAUUGAAGAAGCAGCUGUCCUCAUCCGACGGUCCUGGGAUCGGUUGAAAGAGUUGCGCGUGGGCAUUUCCUCGAAGGUCUGCCAGGCAGACUGGUUGAAGCCGUUAGGGGGCUGGUCCUCCCGAGAUACGGCUCAAACGGCCAUGACUGGAUGGCCCAAGGUUGGGGGUGUGCUAGGAAUGCUACUAAGCAAGACCGACGGCCACCCGUGUGUGCAUGGAGCGACGGGUGAAAGAUUCAAGAAAGUACCGGAAAAAGCAACCGAUGCAGGUGUCUCCGAUAGUACUAACCCUCAACUUGAAUCGCCUCCCCCCACAGGAUCGUCCGACUCUUUGGAGGAGUCAUCUGCAGGUCCGGUAUCAAGGGCCAAAGAGCCGUCAAAACCCCCCAACCCAAGCUUUAAGUCGUCUCCUGGCUCACUCAGUUCGGACAUUGAAUUCAACCACGACCCGCUCAGAUUGGAGACCUUGGAACUAGAACGCGUGGCGCUGUCUAUUCCGGUGAUGCUGCAGAGUCUUGACUGGAUUCGGAUAACGGCCCUGACAAUACUGCGCUGCGACGGCCACGAGAAACUGUGGAGAUCCCUGCGUCGCCAAUUUCCCCCGUCAUGCACUCUUCGCUCUUCUCCGAGAGCUGGAAAGAGAGACGGUCAAUCUGAGUACUCUUUGAGAAUCAAACAUAUCCAUACGGACGCCGUGUCUCCGUAUUUGCUACUGUUUAUUAAGGACACCCUUGCUCCUAACACGCUGGAAACUCUCUUCCUGCACGAGGCGCCCAUGUAUGACUCCAUCGUCCACAUUGAUGCCAUUUACCGGAACGUGAUCCGCAACCAUCGGAUGAGUCUGAAGAAGAUCCUCAUUGAUAGUACGGAGCGGUCAGCAAUUGGCGUUGAGAUCGCCACCAGUCGCUGGCGAAAAUGGAUGUUUACGCGCGACAUGAUCUCGUUUGUCACCAGUGGACGCAUGCCUCGGCUCCGUGAGCUGUCAAUGACCUUGCAUUCCAAGGAUUGGCACUAUUUCUUACAGCGACUGCCCAACGUUCCGCAUCUUCGGGCUUUGCACAUUCCCCAUAUCGCCCACCCGGUGCACCGGGAUUCCAAAGAGCUUGCCCUGCAGAUCUUGGACAUAGUCACCAUCCGGCCCGAUGUAGGAAUCAGUUACGUAGGGAUGCAGAACAAGUGUUACGAGAUCCUCGAGGGCAAGCGAGGGGACAAGGUUGAGUUUGACGAUGCGGACGACAGCCACAGCGAGGGUCUUGGAGACGGCGAGCCCUGGUCGGCCAGCGACACGGAGGACGACGAAGGCGACGACGAAGCCGGAGCCACAAGCACGGCAGAUUCCACGUCGCUGCUGUCCUCGGACCACGCGUCGUCGGACGGAGAUGAAUCCGAUCUCGAGAGCAGCCGAUCGCGCGUGACGUUUCGGCUGCGCGAGAUCUUGUUUUACGAUGAUAAGAUCGCCAUUUUCAAGGCGCGACAUGGAGUUUUAUGAUAGCCGGCAGGCGGGUUAGCGUUUGUUUUGCUUUUUGCUCGAGAUACCACUGAAUGAAGUUGAAUAGAAUGGAGUUUUGCC